AUGCGACACCGAGCUAUCGUGCUUAAGGCUACUCAAGCCGAUGUCCUACCAUCGCUCGCGUUGCGCAAAGCUUUGACGGACGCCUUCUUUGAAUAUGCCGCUCCUUAUUUCCCAAUCGUUGACGCGGAAGAUCUGUCUAAUGAGACUUCGUCGAUCCUGUUGCAACAAGCGGUGUGUCUUGUCGGCAGCCUUAUGCGCCAUGAUCCAAGUAGUAUGAGUCUGGGUUAUUCCCUCUACGAAAAGAUUCAGACUCUCUUGCACGUUGAGUUUGAACAGGAUAAUAUGGCCCUACUGAAAACUUUAUGCCUCAUGUCAUGCUGGGCUCCAGCUUCUCCCUAUUCCGUCACGCUUCACGGGCCGUGGCACUGGACCGGCAUUGCAGUGCGGUUGGCAAUUCAAAUGGGCAUUCACACUCAGUCAAAUUGGGCGGAGAACGAUAACGCUGGAUGCUCACGGCGCAUCUUUUGGCAUCUUAACAGCGAAACACUCAUGGUCGCCUGCUGGGGUCGACCUCGGUCCUUGAAGCUAGAUGACUGCGAUGUACAGCCUCUUUCUGCUUCGGAUUUCACAACCCAGGGUCUAUCGGUCCUGAUCUCUUUGCACUUUACUGGACUUAUGAACUCAGUCAGUAUGGUGUCAGAGUUGAACACCAAAAAAGGCAUGCCAUCUGAUUUCGAGGUCGAAAGUGUCAUCACGUCGCUUUGCACUUGGCAGGGCGGCCUACCGGACGAAUUGCGACUCUACGAUGCAAACGGCACUAGGAAAGACUUUCACCGUUACACUUCAGAGUUACAUAUUCACUACUUGACGUCAGUCAUAGUUAUUCAGAUGCCCAGCAAGGAUCGCCAUUCUCCGUGGCGGACAUCUUCCGCAUCGAUCCUGGCGGCAACUCGCAUCGCUGAGUUAUAUGAAGAGAUCCACUGCAGGGAAGAAUCCGUACACUUAUUGAGCAUCAACGGAUUCAUGGCUCUUGUUGCUGCAAUAGUGUUGAUAUUCCAUCGACCGCACUCAUCAAAGAAGGAAGAAGAGCGCAUGAACGGCAUUGAAAGCAUCUGCUCGGUACUGCGCGUUAUGUCUACGAAGUACGGCGGCGCAAGAUCAGUGCUGCAAAGAAUUCAGGGCUUACAAAGUAACCACGAGAAAAGAAAACUCUCGGUCAACAGCCUCCAGAACAGCAGUGCCUCAUCCUGCGCGCCAUGGGUAGCGAAGACCGUAAACGCACGUGUUCAUGAACUUUUUCCGUUCUCGCUCAGUCUUGACGAGAACGUGGACUUCUUAGAUGAAGCGGGGGCUAGAACAGAUCAAAUGCCAGGUAAUGAACUUGGUGCUCAGAGUCCUAUACCCCUCGAACAUGCGCCCGAUACCAUGUUUUCGUUGAUGGACAUACUAGAGAUGGAUUUCGAUCCAUUUGACAACACCAAUAGCUUCGUGUAG